CAAAUUUCACUCCAAAUAUUCGAAUAAUUUCCGUAUAUAGUGCAAGCGAAUACCGAAUAAGGAUUACCAAACGCGAUUUUAACAAAUUUGACUUUCGUACGAAAUGAUAGAGCGUUUCGAUUUUUAAAAAAAUUAGAUAUAUUAUCAUCCAUUUAGAUAAAUUCCUGCAAUUAUAUAACAACGGCAACUUGUGAAAUUAUAUAAUAAUACGGAAAAAGAUCGUGUAGUGUCGUAUUUGUAGUACUGUAGUAAUUUUACUCUGAAUGGAAGAUUAAAUAGAUAAAUUGAUACUUUCAAUAAACUUAUGUUUAUCCAGUUAAUAUAAAUAUCAGUAAAAUUAUAAUUUAUGACGUCAUAAAGAAGGGAUUGAGAUUAGGAACCUGGGAACAAGAAAGAAAAAAUAGAAAAUUUACCAAAAUUUAGAAGUUUGAUAGAAGAUGGUGUUGGAAUCAACCGUGAUUUGCGUAGACAACAGCGAGUACAUGAGAAAUGGCGAUUUUUUGCCGACGAGGAUUCAAGCACAACAAGAUGCUGUGAACUUAGUUUGUCGCUCAAAAGCUCGACAGAAUCCGGAGAAUAAUGUAGGAUUAAUGACUCUGGCAAGUCUUGAGGUGUUGGUAACAUUGACAACUGAUGUAGGCAAAGUUCUCUCAACGUUGCACAGUGUUAAACCAAAGGGUGCCAUCAAUAUUGUCACAGGCAUUAGGGUUGCACAUCUUGCAUUGAAGCAUCGGCAAAGUAAGAAUCACAGAAUGAGAAUUAUAGCAUUUGUUGGAAGUCCUUUAGCUAAUGAUGAAAAGGAGCUUGUUAGAUUAGCAAAGAAAUUGAAAAAAGAAAAGGUUAAUGUUGACAUAGUCAACUUUGGAGAAGAGGAGACGAACACAGCAAGUUUAACAACUUUUAUAAACACUGUAAAUGGUAAAGAUGGUACAUCUAGUCAUCUUGUGACAGUACCUCCUGGCCCAAUUCUGGCUGAUGCUCUCAUUUCAUCUGCCAUCAUUGUUGGGGAGGAGGGUGCCCCGCCUUCUUCUGGAGGUGAUGGCCUCUUUGAUCCUUCAAAUGAUCCUGAAUUAGCCUUGGCCAUUCGGGUUUCCCUGGAGGAACAGCGUCAACGCCAGGAGGAGGAGAACAAGAAUACAGAUGCAGAAGGCACGGCACCAUCUGAAGAGAUACCAGACAGUGAGGAAGCUUUGUUACAACAAGCUUUGAGAAUGUCUGGGGCUGUCUCAGACACUUCUGUUGGUUCGACACCAUUUCCAGAUGACGUCAGCAUGAUGUCUGAGGCAGACCAGAUCGCAUACGCAAUCAAAAUGUCCCUUCAAGGAGACGAGACGGGAAGUGAAGCGGAAACACUAAACAUGGACUCCUCAAGAGAGACCACACCCAUGGAGACCGACCCCACACGUACAAGCAUGGAUGCAGACAUUCAGGAUUUCAGCGAAGAAAUGGCAGAUCCUGAUUUUCUUCACUCUGUGUUGGGCUCACUUCCCAAUGUUGAUCCGGAUAGCGAGGCUGUGAAGGCAGCCAUUGGACAGGCGACGCAACAGAGAGAUUCCAAGAAAAAAGACGAUUCAACGGACAAGGAGGGUGAAGACAAAUAAACCGACUCACGCAAAAAUACAUAGUUUAUUAUUAAAUCGCUCGUCAGUAAUUCAUGACAGAAAUACUAAAGCUCGACCAUCA